GUCAUAAACACCCCGUAAAAGAAAUCUGUCAAAAUCGUUCGUCGCGGUCGGUGCGAAUGAUUUUUUCGUAAAAAUCACAAUUCCUUUUUAUUUAGAUCCAUUUCAAUAUCCCAAACAACAUGGAAAUAAAUAAAACAACUUUGAGCAUUGCGGCUGGUGUAGCUGGUACGCUAUUCCUCGGUUAUUGCAUAUAUUUCGACAAGAAGCGGCGUAGCGAUCCCGAUUACAAGAAGAAAAUUCGUGAGAGGAGACGACGCCAGCGCAAAAUCGGUGGUUCAGGGUCACGAAGUGAAAUUCCAAAUCUCAAUGACCAUGAAGCUGUGCAAAAAUACUUCCUGCAAGAGGUUCAAAUGGGCGAAGCAUUGAUCGCAUCCGGUGACAUCGAACAGGGUGUCGAACAUUUAGCCAAUGCAAUUGUGGUGUGCGGCCAGCCCACGCAACUGUUACAGAUACUCCAGCAGACACUACCAGCGCAGGUGUUCAAUUUACUGAUUCAGAAAAUGCGAGUUUACAGUACCAAAGAAGCUGAAAAGCAUAAUUCUGGCGAUGCUAUUAUCAGUGACCUUAACGAUGAGCUAGAAUAAGAGAAGUAAGAAUUCCGGUUUAUUGAUAUAUCAUGCAGGCACAUUUUUUUUUCUUUUUCCAUUGAACGAUAAAAACUAUCGGAAAAGCAUACACAGAAAGAAACAAAAUUGCAACGCGGAAAAUUAACUUGGUUGAGAUGUACAAUAAUAGCAAAAAAAAAUGAAAAAUGUGAAAAAUUUUUGACUAAGAAAUUUAUGAAUAAUUAUUCGUAUGAUGCACCAACUGAGCUAAAAAUUUAAUUGUUUGGUGGGCCAUUUUUAUUGUAAACAAUUUUUCGUGUUUCUUCUCUCAAAUUUAAUGAUGUGCUCUAUUACUAUUACUGUAUACAACAAAAGAAACGAAACAAAUUAUAAAUGUUUUUGGGGAA